ACCGCCCGCCCGCCCGCCCGCCCGCCCGCCGCCAUGAGCCCGGCCGACGCCAAGCGCGGGGCCAAGCGCCGCAAGAACAAGCGCGGCGGCGCGGGCGGGGGCCCCGGAGGCGCGAGCAAGGCCGGCCCGGUGCUGCGCGUCCCCCCCGCCGCCGGCCUGGCCCCGGGCGCGUCUCCGGCCAACGGGCCCCUGGGCGCGGGCGCGGGCGGCCCCGGCGGCUACCUGGAGGGCCACGACUUCCUCCUUCACUCCCCCCUGGCCGGGCCGCAGCCGGAGGCCGGUGGGAGACUGGCCAUGGGUGCACAGACGCUGCCCUCCCCAGGCCUGGGCAGCGCGCCCUCGGACACGGCGGCCUGUGCCUGUGAGGCCUGCAGCGAGCGCAGGGAGAUCUCAGCAGAGACAGCUCGGGAGCCCCAGCAGCUGCAGAACUGCUGGUCGGAGGUGCGCUACAUGGUGCGCUGCAUCUACCGCCAGGCAGGCACUCCGCUGGCCGACGACCAGGACCCGUCGCUGGUGCCCGACAAGGAGGGUGUGAAAGAGCUUGUGGACAGGCUCUGUGAGCGGGACCCUUACCAGCUGUACCAGCGGCUGGAGCAGCAGGCCCGGGAGUACGUGCUGGAGAUGAAGGUUCGCCUGCUCCGGCAGCUGUCGGCCGCCGCCAAGGUGAAGGCCCCGGCCGGCCUGCAGGGCCCCCCGCAGGCCCACCAGUUCAUCUCCCUGCUGCUGGAGGAGUACAGAACCCUGUGCCAGGCGGCACGCACUGUUAGCACCUUCCUCGGCACUCUGGAGAACGAGCAUCUGAAGAAGUUCCAGGUGACCUGGGAGCUGCAUAACAAGCACCUGUUUGAAAACCUGGUCUUCUCAGAGCCGCUCCUGCAGAGCACCCUGCCGGCCCUGCUGUCCCAGAUCAGGCUGGGCAGCUCGACCCACGACACGUGUGGCGGGGACGCCUACAGCUCGCUGCUGCGGCGCUACCAGCGCUCGGAGGAGGAGCUGCGGCGGGUGGCGGAGGAGUGGCUGCAGUGCCAGCAGCGGAUCGACGCCUACGUGGGCGAGCAGAUGACGAUGAAGACCAAGCAGCGCGUGCUCCUGGGAGACUGGGGCCUCUUCAGACAGCGCUGGCUCACGGCGGAGCAGGUGUAUCACAGGAGCGCGGCGCCCAGCGAGAGCGGCUUCCCGGAGGCCGCGCGGCACACCCCGGCCCCGGCCCCACGGCUGAGCCCGCCCGACUGCCCCAACUGCAGCUACAGGCGGAGGUGCGCCUGCGACGGCUGCAGCCUUUCGCACAUCCUCACCUGCGGCAUCGUGGACCCGCCCGCGGCCGGCGACAUCCACGUCCAGCAGCUGCUGCUCCCGGCGGCCCCCGACUACCUGUCCGAGACGCGGCCCCCGAGCGCCAGCGCGUCCUCCGCCAGCUCGGGCUCAGGCUCCGCCUCCCCCGUGAACGGCCCGCAGCACCCCAGGCUGCUCCUCACCGACGGCUCCGCGCCGACCUUCUGCAGUGACGACGAAGACGAAGACGUUGCUCCCCUGUCGGCUAAGUUCGCGGACAUCUACCCGCUGAGUAGCUACGGGGACACCGAGGUGGUGGCCGCGAUGAACGGAGUCCACAGCGAGCUCAGCGGUGGCGGGGAGAAGCUGGCGCUGAAGGACGAGUCCCCCCAGGUCAGCAGCACCAGCAGCAGCUCUUCGGAAGGUGAAGACGAAGACGUGGACGGCGAGAGCAGUGGGGAGCCGCCGGGGUCCCUGAAGGAAGAGGGCCCCCCGGGGGCCGGGAGCCCCAGGAAGGAGGAGAGCCGGGCAGACAGCCCUCUGCCCGCCUGCCCGGCUCAGCAGGCUGAGCAAGCCCCAAACGCAUGUGAGUGCCAUGUUUGUAAGCAGGAAGCAUCUCCGACAGCAUUGGCCAUGACAGCGGGAGCCCUCCCUCCUGGCCGCCCGUUCCUGACCCCAGAGAAGCCCGCACACCCCGCUCUGCACCUGUACCCUCACAUCCACGGGCACCUGCCCCUGCACACGGUCCCUCACCUGCCUCGCCCACUCAUCCACCCCACCCUGUACGCGGCACCUCCCUUCACGCACAGUAAGGCUUUACCACCGGCUCCCGUUGAGAAUCCCACCGGCAGGCAUCAGGUGUUCAACGCGUCGCUCCAGGACCACAUUUACCCCAGCUGCUUUGGGAGCUCUCCGGAGUGGGGCGGCUCCAAGUCCCUACGUCUCUGGGGAUCUGAAGUGCUGAGCGACAAGGGCUGGAGCCCCGGCGCUUUCCUGCCCCUGCCGGACUCGCCUUCUGGGGCCUUCAUGUCCCCGUUCUCCUCUGAAGGCGGUGACAUACUGGGGCCAGCGCUCUCGGACCCGAGGCUGGACGCCCUGCCCCCGCCGCCCAGCAGUGAAACGCCAGCAGUAUCGGAAGGCAAGGAGAAAAAAAACACGGCGAAAAAGAAGUGUCUGUACAACUUCCAGGAUGCUUUCAUGGAAGCCAACAGGGUGGUGAUGGCCACGUCCUCGGCUACCUCGUCUGUGUCCUGCACGGCCACCACGGUGCAGUCCAGCAGCAGCCAGUUCAAGGUGGCCUCCAAGAGGCCGCCCGCCAGUGGGGACGUUUGCCACGGCGUCGGCAAAGAGGAGCACAGGCACCCGGCCGCCGCCCUCCGGAGCAGCCCCACGGGCCUGGCGCCGCUGCCCGCGCUCACCCCCGCUGCCCUCGCACCCGCCCCCACGCCGCACCUCGCCAGCCUCGCUGCCCCGCCCUUCCCCAAAACGGCCGGCACCGCGCCUGGCUUCCCGGAGCCGCGCAAGAGCUUCUGCUCUGUGCCGGGAGCCCCCGUACCCCCCUCGACGGACGGCACCGCCAGCGCCCCCCCCAGUGUCUGCAGUGACCCCGACUGUGAGGGGCACCGCUGUGAGAACGGCGUCUACGACCCCCAGCAGGACGACGGGGACGAGAGUGCUGACGAGGACAGCUGCUCCGAGCACAGCUCCAGCACCUCCACCUCCACCACCCAGAAGGAGGGCAAGUACUGCGACUGCUGCUACUGUGAAUUCUUCGGGCAUGGCGGGCCUCCCGCGGCGCCCACGAGCAGGAACUACGCGGAGAUGCGUGAGAAGCUGCGUCUGCGGCUGACCAGGCGCAAGGAGGAGCAGCCCAAGAAGCCAGAGCAGCUGUCUGAGCGGGAGAGCGUGGCGGACCCGCGGCGAGUGGAGGACCUGCUGCAGUUCAUCAACAGCUCGGAGCCCAAGCCCGCGAGCAGCUCCCGCGCCGCCAAGCGCGCCCGGCACAAGCAGAGGAAGCUGGAGGAGAAGGCCCGCCUGGAGGCGGAGGCCCGCGCCAGGGAGCUCCUGCCCCUCCGCGAGGAGCGGCGGCGGGAGGAGGAGGAGGGGCAGCGCCUGCAGGAGCUGCAGAAGCUGCGAGCGGCGAAGAAGAAGAAGAAGGAGAGGGCCGCCAAAGACUGCCCUGAGCUGGGCUUGCUGGCCCGGGACUUCCGGGCCGCCACAGAGCCCGUCCCUGCCUCUGAAAGCAUCCCCAACGGCGCGCCCGAGCCCCCCCCAGAACCGGAGACCCCGGCCCACACCCCGCCCCGCCCCUCGGACUCCGCCGAGCCCACCCCGGGCCCCGGCCCCGCGGACGCCAGGAAGGCACGGCCACCCGAGCCCCUGUCUUUCCUCCUCGACAUGGUGCAGCAGCACAGAGACGGCGGCGCGGGCAAGCAGAGGCCCAGGCCGGCCGGCAGAGCCGGGGGCGAGCCCACCCGCACCCCCGAGGGCCGGCCCCCGCCGCCCCCGCCGCCCCCCGAGGCCAAGGCGGUCCCAGACCUCGCUGCCCUGGCAGAGCAGAAGCAGGAGGAGAGGAGGGUCGGAGGCAACGGCAGGAAGCAGCUCGCCCCCACCCAUGUCGGGGAUGAGAGGGCAGACGUGCCGCCCCCCGAGCCCGGCCCCCCCCACGAGCCGGAGCGGCUGGACUCGCCGCAGCCCAAGCCCAGGAGCCGCAGGGGCAAGAAGAAGAAGGGAGACAGGGCCGGCAGCUCGCUCGAUGACGUCUUUCUGCCUAAAGACAUCGAUCUAGACAGCGUGGAUAUGGAUGAAACAGAGAGGGAAGUGGAGUAUUUCAAAAGGUUCUGCUUGGAUUCCGCCAGACAGACCCGUCAGAGGCUGUCUAUCAACUGGUCCAAUUUUAGCUUGAAAAAAGCCACAUUUGCAGCCCACUGAGAACUGCCGCAGCGGGCGGCGGGCUGGGCCGGAGUGCCCGCUCCUGGGCCUGCAUCGUCGUCAGCUCGUGCGUGUGGUCUGUGAGUGGACUUCUUUGAUCGUAGCUCUGUGCCGUCGGGCUGGAACGGCAGCCUCGGCGUCCUGGCACCACCCCGAGGCCCUGUGGUCGCCCCGUCUUGCCCCGUCCGUCGCCGGUUCUCUGCCCCGGGGCGCCGGGCCAGGCGGGCGCAUCCGCCCUCCUCCGAUCUCCUGUCUCCGAGUGUCCGCGUCGCGCUGUGUGUGUCUGACCCCCGACUUGUAGCCAGCUGUGUGAGACCCUGCAGAUGAGUCACGACUGCCCAGUACUCACCGUCACGUCUAUUAGAGUGGGCAACUGUAUUAACACGGAGGCCUGCCUGGCUACUUUUUUAACAUAUUGUUAAGUAAUAUUAAAAUCAUGUCUUUCUUUUUGAAAGAUGGAAUACAUUAAUAUGGCAGAA